AGUCUUGAUGGAGACACAUUAUCAGUGAUAGAAAACCCUGCGGCUGUCAGUCACUCGUUUCGGUCUGAGACAAAACCAGGAGUUGCAGGGACCAAAGGAGUCCAGGGCUGGUUAAAGGGCAUUCAUUCCACGACUCACGCUCACAGACUGGUGAGGCUGCUGGCAGCCGUGUGUGCGGUCGGACUCCUGGGAGGCUUAGUUGUAGGUGUCUGGUUUCUAGUCAAACUUCUGCUAAGGCCAUCCACUUCCCAAACUCCAGUAGGACUCGAGGAUACAAAGGAAACAUCUUUCUGCAAUGUGACUGAGGAUGUUUCUAUCUCUGACCCAAGGAAAGGUUCAGUGUUUUACAGAAUCAGCCAAGAGAACUCUCUCCUGGAGAUACAGCUUGACAAGCAGCCUUCGUGGCUGCCGGUGUGCUAUGAGAGGUGGAACUCUUCGCUGGGAACACUAGUCUGCAGAGAGCUGGGUUAUCUGAGACUAACCAAGCAUAAAGGGGUGAAUCUAACUGAUAUCGGGCCAAACUACACUGACGGCUUUAUACAAAUCACCUCUGAGCACAAGAGCAAUCUGGAAACUAUGUGGCAGUUCAGGAAGAGCUGUGUCACAGGGAAGGUUAUCUCCUUGCAAUGUUUUGAGUGUGGAACGAGAGCAAAGCUGCCCAGGAUAAUAGGGGGAGUUGAGGCUACGCUGGGCAGGUGGCCCUGGCAGGUCAGCCUCUACUACAGCAACCGCCACACCUGCGGAGGCUCCAUCAUCACCAGUCAAUGGAUAGUAACAGCUGCCCACUGUGUGCACAACUACAGGCUACCUCAGGUGUCCAGCUGGGUGGUCUACGCAGGCAUCGUGACCCGCAAAGCUGCUAAAAUGUCUCAGCAUACAGGAUAUGCGGUGGACAAAAUCAUUUACAACAAGAACUACAACCACAGGAGCCACGACAGCGACAUAGCUCUGAUGAAACUACGAACGCCGCUCAACUUCUCAGAUACAAUCAGGCCCAUCUGCCUGCCUCUGCAUGGCUACGACAUCCCAGGUGGUACACAGUGCUGGAUUUCUGGAUGGGGAUACACACAGCCUGAUGGUGUUCACUCACCUGACACUCUGAAAGAGGCGCCAGUUCCUAUAAUAAGCACAAAGAAAUGUAACAGCACCUGCAUGUACAAUGGAGAGAUCACUUCCCGAAUGCUCUGCGCCGGCUACACCGAGGGGAAAGUGGAUGCAUGUCAGGGGGACAGCGGGGGUCCUCUGGUUUGCCAAGAUGAGAACACAUGGAGACUAGUAGGGGUCGUCAGCUGGGGGACAGGCUGUGCUGAGCCAAAUCAUCCCGGGGUUUACUCCAAAGUGUCUGAAUUUUUGAGAUGGAUCUAUGAUGUGGUUGAGAUGUCCAAGGCUGGCAGCACAGAGGAUGUUUUACGGCAAGUCAACCAGUUCUGGUCGAUGCUGGACGACCUCUCCCAAACAGACCCAGCAGCCUACCGAAAGUUAAUCGAGAAACAGAUGAAGGAAGGAGCUGAAUUCAGAGCACCGCCUGAGCUCCACUCCUGUUUGUGCACUCAAAUACUGGCACCAAAAAAGGGCUUGCUGUACAUUAACAUAUGCAGCUGGAAACGUGUGCCUGCACCCCAGGAUGUUAGCAGCAGCUUACCAGUGUGUGCGGGAAAACUGGAAACAGGCACAAAAGAAAAUCAAGGUUGGUAUGCCGUGAUGGAUGUGGCAUUAAAUCCUGCGGUGCUGCAGGAGAGCAGGGAAGAUAAAGCAGACAUUAACAAUGUCUAUUUGCUGGCUUUGAACUUUGCCCAGCAGCAGCAUGGGUGGCAGUUAUCUCCAGAGUACAGUCUUGUUAACUGCAGCCCAGAGAGCAGCACAGAUGACUUACGGCGUCGGCUUGGGCUUCAGAUGGGGCCUAACAUCUCCGAUCAACCAGAAAGGGUUAUCCAGAGUCCGGUUGCCCUCCUGCAACAAAUCUCCUUCGCUCGAUCAGAGAAACAAGACAAAGGCUCUGGGUCCCAAAUUACCAGCGCGCCCGUGGAGCACGUUAAAAAAAAUUUGAUUGAGGUAAUCUCCACCACCUCUGUGGAGCCCCAGAGGCCAGAGUACCAACUUGAGGUGAAGACUGAUACAGCAGGAGUUCCUCGCAGCGUGGAACUGACAGUGGAGCUGCCAAAGGUCCGCUCUAUGUCAGAGUGCCAGCUGAGAGUUUCUAAGGACGACGUCUUACUGGAAGUGGAGGAUGUUUACUAUUUACUUCUGCAGCUACCGAAACUUGUCAAGGAGGACAGCGCCUCUGCUGUCUUCAACAAGAAGAAACGAAGACUUUGCUUCAAAGUGGAUGUUUUGUGA